AUGGCAAGUCGCCCAAAACACGUCCUCAUCACGGGCGGUAGCCGAGGCAUCGGUCUCGCAAUCGCGCAAUUAUUCUCCAAGAACGCAUACCGCUGCACCCUGAUCUCUCGCUCAGAAGAAAAUCUAAAAAAGGCUCUAGCAGGCUUAUCGCCUUUGUCGUCUUCCGGACUCCAAGCCUCACCUGACGAUAGUGAGGCGUCCAGACUAUCCGGAACAUCGAGCUCGCCAUACCAACAUGGACAUAUAGCUGGAGACAUAUCUAAAGGCUCGAACUUUUGGUCGCUGAGUCCCUCUUGCCAAUUUGCUGCUCGUCUUCCCCGACCUGACACGCGCAAGUAUCCUACUCACCCCUCACACAUCGACGUAGUAGUGAAUUGUGCCGGUGUAACGCAGGCAAAGCUAUUCUCUGCAUUGGAUGAAGGCCAAAUUGAUAACAUCGUCAAAACCAAUCUAACUUCUGUGAUGCAGGGGACGAAAUUCCUCUUACGAAAUGGCUACCUGGGAGGCAGGACUAAGGAAGACGCUGAUGUCCCAAUCAUCAUUAAUGUCAGCUCGCUGCUGGGCCUGCAAGGUGGUUAUGGGGCCGUUGCAUACGCAGCAUCGAAAGCGGGAGUAUUGGGUUUCACUCGCGCUCUGGCCACCGAGUAUGCCAGUCACAAAGUCCGCGUCAAUGCCAUUGUACCUGGAUACGUGGAAACGGAUAUGACAAAAGACUUGAAUGCCUCUGAGCUUCAACAUCGUAUACCGUUGAAUCGUUUUGGCAAACCGGAUGAAAUUGCUCACGCAGCACUGUUUCUCGCUGAAAACAAAUAUGCACACAAUUGUGUAUUGAAUCUAGAUGGCGGCUUAUCUGCCGUCUAA